UAACAUUUUUGUAUUUUUUUUUUAUUUACGUUUUCAAUUUUUAUUCUGAUUAAUCAGAAAAAAAUUAAUGUAUAAUUAAAUUUAAAUAUAUCGAACAUAAAAAAUACACCUAUACCUAUAUUGAGGUGUAGGUAUUAUAACUUUGAUAAUUUAUUAAAUAUUUUAAUUUAAUACUAACAACAAGAAUAUCGAUACAACCACUUUUACAUAAAUUAGGUAUUUAUAAUGGUUUGCAAUACUGAACGAUAUUAUAUUAGCACAACGGUUUGGUAUCAAAUAUCAAGUGAAUAAAAUAUAAAUUUACGAUUCGUCAGUAGAACAUUUUUUUAUUCUUCGAAUGUUCAAAAAUAUCAAAUACACCGUUAUGUAAUACUGUUAAAGAAAAUAAUGGAAUUGGAAAGAUAAAACACGCGGCCGCACGUGUAUAGAAUAUUCGGAAAGGAAACUACAAUAUUUGACUAUCUUGGGAUGUUUAUGCAUCAGUCCUUUCGUGACUAUGAUUUAUUACACAACGACGGGACAUAAUAACAACUAACAACAUUUUUAAUAUUGUUAUAAUGAGAAUGGUUUCCGUUAGUCAUUAAGUUGAGAAUAAUGUUUCAUAGUUAUGUUAUUCAUUCAAAGUUUUCAGAAAUAUACCAAAUACCUAUAAGAUAAAAAUGAAUUUCUACCAGAAUUUUAUCGUAUUCUUUAUAACUCACGAGUAUAUCUUAUGGAUUAUUAUAUUACAAAAAAUUCUAUAUAGAUCUUCAGUUACUUCACACCAUUUUGACUACAACAUAUCAAAAAGAAGUGAUUUACCAUUUGUUCAUUAUCAUGGUACACCUAAAACUAAAGAAGAAAUGGAAAAGAAGAAUACAAUGGAUACAUAUAAUUUAGCUUUAGCAGAUACAAUGGACUCAAAUAAUGUUAAUAAAUAUGAUUAUAUGAAUCAUAGUAACGAUCUACAACGCAGCAUGGAAAUUCCAUUUUAUUGGGUAAUUGAUGUCGAUGGCCGAAAACAUAAAAAAAAAUAUUCCAAUAAAUACGGAAAAGAAAAAACUCAUCAUAAUCACUUACGAAAAUCUAGAGAUGUAACUCAUAAAAAAUCACAUCAUAAAUCUCAACUGGAAUCAAGUAAACAUAAUGAUCAUAAUUUUAACAAAAAUACACACAUAAAAAUACAUAAGGAUCAACACCAUAAUGAAAAAUUAUUAAAGCAUAAAUCAAUGAAGAAAACUGAUACCAGUAACAAAUUAGAAGAUGAAUCAAGUGAAGAAUCUAUUACACAUGGUUUAACAAAUAAGCAAUCUUAUAAAAAAUCAUCUCAUGAUAUACACAGGAAUUCAAAAAAAAAAAUAAUUGAUAAAACAAUAGAAAUGUCAAAGAAAGAGUUAAAGAAAGAGGCAAGGAAAGAGGCAAAGAAAGUGGCAAAGAAAGAGGAAAAGAAAGAGGUAAAGAAGGAGUUAAAGAAAGAGUUAAAUAAACAGUCAAAGAAGGAGUCAAAUGAAUCAGAUAAAAAAAUGAGUAAAAUAACUGAUUCUAGCUUAGAUGAUUCAAGCGAUUCCGAUGAAGAUUUACAACACUUAUCAAAAAGCCAUUCUAGUAAAAAUUCAAAUAAAAAAUCAGAAAAGAUAUCAAAAAAUAAACCACAACGACAUGGGUCAAGUGGUAAAAAAAUAGAUAAAAAACUAAGUAAUAAAGAAAACGAAACCAACCAAUCAAACAAGCGCUCUAAUGAUUUGAAUAAUAAAAAUCAUAAGCAAAAAUCUAAUAAAAAAUUAAAAUCAAAACCAAAUAGUGAAUUUGAUGAAGAUUUAAGCGAUUCAACAGACAUUGAACAUAGUAAUGCAACACAAAAAACAAGUGGUAAUAAUAGAAAAAAUUCAAGCAAUAAAUUAAAAAAAGCGUCUAAUCAUGAAUCAGAUAAAGAUAAUGGUGACUUGGAAGAUAAAUAUACAAAACAAAAAUUAAGUAAUAAAGUGGAUAAAAAUUCUAGUAACACAUUAAAAGAAGAAUUAAGAGGAGGCGAAUCAGACGAUGAAUCAAAUGAUCUAGAAACCAAUGAUGAUAGCGACGAAUCUAAUGAAGAUGUAAAGAAUUUAAAAAAUAAAAAUCAGCACCAAAAAUCAAAUGUUAAUGAAGGUAAUAAAUCGGUAGAAGAAUUCAGUGAGGAAUCAGAUGAGGUAUUAAAUGAUUCAAUAAAUAAUGAUGUGUCUAACAAACGUGCCAAAAAUUCAAAAAAUAACCAUAAAAAAAAGAAAUCUGAUAAAAAAGUAGGUAAAAGAUCAAAUAAUAAAUUAAAAAAGAAAUUGAAUGCCGAAUCAGAUAAAGAAUUAAAUAAUUCUACAAAGAAUAAACACAGAGAAAAAUCUAAUAAGCAUGCUAACAGCUUAAAAAAUAAAAAUCAGCGUCAAAAAUCAAAUAGUAAAGAAGGUAAUACAUUGAUAGAAGAAUCAAGUGAUGAAUCAGAUGAGGAAUCAGAUAAUUUAAUAGAUGAUGAUAAUAGUGAUUUAUCCAACAAACAUAGUACAAAUUUAAAAAAUAACCAUAAAAAAAAGAAAUUGAAUAAAAAAUCAGAUACAAGUUCAAAUAAUAAGUUAAAAGAAGAAUUGAGCGGAGAAUCAGAUGAGGAAUUGAAAAAUUUAAUAAAUAACGAACAUAGUAAUGAAUCUAAUGAAUCUGCAAAUAAUUUAAAAAAUAAAAAUCAACAUCAAAAAUCAAAUAGUAAAGUAGGCAAAAAAUCAAUUCAUAAAUUAAAAGAAAAAUCAAAAAAAAAAUCACAUAAUUCAACAAAUAAAGAAUCAAGCGGUAAAUUGAACAAUGAUUUGCAGGGAUCUCUAAGUAAGAAGUCAAGAAAAAAGUUUGAGACUGAAAAGAAAAAGAAAGGUAAAACAUCCAAAGACAAUUUAAAUAAUAAAUUGGACGAGAAUUCAUCUGACACAAUAAAUAUAGAAACAAUCAAUGAGUCUGUUAUUGGCAAACAUGAUGGCUCCUUAAGUCAGCAAUCAAAACAAAAAAAGAAUACUAAAACAAAGAAGAGAAAUAAUAAACUAAAAGAAUCUUUGAGAAAUAAAUCAAAUAAUGACUUACAAGAAGAUAAAUCGGAUGACUUAAUAGAAGUUACUCAAAAUAAGUAUUACUCUAAUCGUUAUGUAACACAUAAGGAUAGAUCUCCAGAUAAAUCAAAAAAACAUUCAAAUUAAAAACAAAGUAGAACGUUGUCAAAAUUGUCAUAAAAAAAAUUAACUCAUAAGCAAGAAGUCAAAAAACUUAUAGUAUAUAAUAAAUCAAAUAAAAAACCCGAUUAGUUUUUACUAGGUAGGUAUUGCAUUAUAAGAAUACCAUAAUUAAAUAUAUAAAAAAAUGAUUAAUGUAAACUAAAUUGAAGUUUGGAAAAAAAAACUGAAAAGCAUAUUUAAAUUUGGUAAUUGACUUGAAAUUUUUGCUUAUAAGUAAUUAUUUCAUUAAAAUGUGGAACGUGAAUUAUAUAAAAUGUAUAUUACAUUGUUUAAUAACAAUUAAUAUUAUACUUACUGA